AAGAAGCUGAAACUUUCUCUGCGUAAAUUCAUACAAGAAGAAACUGUUUCUCUUUCUUCCUCUGAACAGAUUUUGGGUAUUUUGAAGAUGUCCACCAGAUCUCUUCUCCUCGUUUCUGUUCUUGUUUUCUGUUGCUUUGGAACAUUUAGAUGUGCUGUGACCAGGCUUCCUCCAGAAGAAGUGGAUGCCCUUCAGCAGAUAGCCAAAACAAUGGGACAAAAUGGUUGGAAUUUCUCUGUCGAUCCAUGUAGUGGAGAAUAUAAUUGGGUAACACCUUACCCAGUAAUUGGAUACGAGAACAAUCUUACCUGUGACUGCCACUUCAAGAACUAUACCGUCUGCCAUGUGGUAUCCAUAGUUCUCAGAGCUCAGAGUCUUGAAGGCAUACUCCCCCCAGAGCUGGUCAGACUUCAGUACCUCCAGGAAAUAGAUCUUACAAAUAACAAGCUCAGUGGUAUCAUACCUCUCCAGUGGGCUUCCAUGGAAUUGCAGUAUAUCUCUCUUACUGGAAACCAACUAUCGGGAGAGAUUCCAAAGGAAUUGGGCAAUCUUAUCAGUCUCAAAUACCUGAGCCUUGAAUCCAACAAGUUUAAUGGAACUCUUCCUCGAGAGCUUGGGAAUUUGGUCAACUUGGAGACUUUGUCGCUUUCAUCAAAUAGGUUUACAGGAAUUUUGCCAGUGACCCUUGACAAACUAACAAACUUGAAGGAUUUUGAGAUAAGCGAUAACAACUUUCAUGGUCCAAUACCAGAUUUAAUAAAGAACUGGACACAGAUAAACAGAUUAGUAAUUCAAGGUAGCGGACUGGAGGGCCCCAUUCCCUCACAAAUUUCUCUUUUGACAAGAUUAACUGACUUGAGGAUCAGUGACAUAAAUGGGGCUGAAUCAAAAUUUCCCAUGCUGGAGAACAUGGAAUCCAUGCAAAAGCUGAUAUUGAGAAAUUGUAAUAUUUCUGGAGUGAUCCCUUCAUAUAUCUGGGAAAUGAAGAAUUUGAAAACCUUUGAUGUUAGUUUUAACGAGUUAGUUGGAGGCAUUCCAGAAUUCAAUGGAGGGGGUGUGAGAAAUCUCAAAUUUAUCUAUUUGAGUGGCAACAUGCUGACUGGUCCUAUACCAGACUGGAUCUUGAAGAAAGACGGGACCCUUAAUACACGAAGUCUUGUUGAUCUUUCCUACAAUAACAUUACAUGGGAAAGCCCUGAUCAACCUGCUUGUGAUGGAAAUGUAAACUUGUUCCGAAGCUCUUCAAUGAAUAACAGCUUGAAGGGACUUAAUCCAUGCAUGGGUGAUUCCAAAUGCUCACAAUAUUGGUAUUCAUUGCACAUAAAUUGUGGAGGGAGGGAAGCCACUAUUGGGAAAACCAAGUAUGAAGCAGAUGAAGAUGCAGGUGGUGCUGCUAGAUCUGUUGCAGUUGGGGAUAGGUGGGGAUUUAGUAGCACUGGAGACUUCAUGGACAACAAUGCUGAUUUAGAUUCAUAUAUUGCAACAAAUGUAUCUGUCCUCUCAAUGAAAAAUUCUGAAUUAUACACAACGGCACGCCUUUCUCCCCUCUCUCUCACUUAUUACGGACUUUGCCUGCAAAAUGGGAACUACACUGUGAAACUUCAUUUUGCAGAGAUAGUUUUUACGGAUAACAAAAAGGAUGAACAAAUUAGCAGCCUUGGUAGGCGCCUGUUUGAUGUCUAUAUUCAGGGAAAACUUGUAUGGAAAAAUUUCAAUAUCAAAGAGGAAGCAGGCGGGGAUAACAAGGAAGUCAUAAAACAAACUAUUGUUUUUGUGCAAAAUAAUACUUUAGAGAUACGCUUUUAUUGGGCUGGAAAAGGGACAACAAGCAUUCCUACCAGAGGAUUUUAUGGUCCACUUAUAUCAGCUAUUUCUGUGGAUCCCAAUUUCAAACCUCCUUCCAUUGGUGGAAAGAAGAGGAUUGUCCUUAUUACAACUUUAUCUUUGGUGUGCCUUAUCUUUUUUAUUCUGGGUUUACUUUGGUGGAAAGGCUGUUUGGGAAGUAAAAGCAGCAAAGAGAAAGAUCUUGAAGGGGCAGAUCUGUUAACAGGUUCUUUUACCCUAAGACAAAUUAAAUCUGCAACUAACAAUUUUGAUCCUGAAAACAAGAUUGGAGAGGGAGGUUUUGGGUCUGUUUACAAGGGUCUGUUAUCUGAUAGUACCGUAAUUGCGGUAAAGCAACUGUCUUCUAAAUCAAGACAAGGCAAUCGGGAAUUUGUGAAUGAGAUUGGCAUGAUUUCUGGUUUGCAACACCCGAAUCUCGUAAAGCUCUAUGGGUGCUGCAUUGAAGGGAAUCAAUUACUACUCGUUUAUGAAUACAUGGAAAAUAACUGCCUUGCUCGUGCUCUGUUUGGUCAAGAGAAUUUUCAAUUAAAACUGGACUGGCCAACCAGGCACAAUAUCUGUGUUGGGAUAGCCAAGGGCCUUGUCUUUCUUCAUGAAGAAUCAAGACUGAAGAUUGUUCACAGAGACAUCAAAGCUACCAAUGUUUUACUUGACAAGGAUCUGAAUCCUAAAAUAUCCGACUUUGGUUUGGCAAGGCUUUAUGAAGAGGAAAAUAGCCAUGUUAGCACCCGAAUUGCAGGCACAAUUGGAUAUAUGGCACCAGAAUAUGCACAGUGGGGUCGGUUGUCAUACAAAGCAGAUGUUUAUAGCUUUGGAGUUGUUGCUUUAGAAAUUGUUAGCGGGAAGAACAACACAAAUUUUAGACCUGAGAAUGAUUGCAUGGGUCUUGUGGAUUGGGCCAUUGAUUUACAACAAAAGGGAAGAUUAAUGGAGGUAGUUGAUCCAACUUUGGGUUCUGAAUUCAAUGUUGAAGAGGCAGAAAGGAUGAUCAAAGUAGGCCUCUGGUGCACUAAUGCAUCUCCCACAUUGAGGCCGACAAUGUCGAAAGUGGUCAGUGUGCUAGAAGGCCAAAAAGUUCAAGACAUGAUAUUGGAUCCAAGCAUUUCUAUGUUGAGGUCUAAAUCCACAACGAAUGAUUAUCAACAGGUGCAAAGAGGAAGCAAGUAUGUGAACUCUUCACUGGAUGAGACAUGGCUUGGUUCUUCCUCCACAUCUUCCCAUGAUCAAUGCCCAUCUAUUCUUGAUUCUCAUAACAGUAAUAAUAGUGGCAAUGCUUCUUUGCUGACCAGAAGUGAACCAUUAUUACCCACAACAGGUUUAUAGAUUUUUACUCAUUUUUCAAAGCAACUAAAUAUUAGAUCAUUGUUUAAAUUUUACUUAUAAACCAUGUAUAGCCAGGUUUCUGUUGUAUCUAUUGUUUUGAAAUCUGUACAUCUGUAAAAAAAAUAAAAAAUGAAAGUCUUGUAAUACUACUGUCACAUUCAUUAAUAAAACAUUGAAGGCAAAAUUUUACAGGAAAUUAUAUGAUUCCC